CGAUUUCGAUUCGAUUUCGAUUCGAUUUCGAUUCGAUUUCGAUUCGAUUUCGAUUCGAUUUCGAUUCGAUUUCGAUUCGAUUUCGAUUCGAUUUCGAUUCGAUUUCGAUUCGAUUUCGAUUCGAUUUCGAUUCGAUUUUGAUUCGAUUUUGAUUCGAUUUUAAUUCGAUUUCAAUUCGAUUCGAUUUCGAUUCGAUUUUGAUUCGAUUUCGAUUUGAUUUUGAUUCCGUUAUUUUCUUUCGAAUUUUGUCCUUUCUCGGGCAACAUUUGACCACAGUUUCAAAGGGCUUCAAUACCCACGAUUACGCCAGAUGAAUCGCGGUACCAUAGUUGUGAUUUGAUCUCGACUGUCGCAUUUUUAACGCACAUGCAUGCCUACCUACCUGCCGCUCGAAUCGUUCAGCGCCACUUAAAACGGGCGGAGUCAUUCUAUCAUCAUGAGCUCAAAAGGUUGAGUGCCAACGCAAUAUUUAUAACUUAACGGUGCGGCGUUGGCGGCGUCGACGUCCGUUGUUCAUCCAUCCAUACGCAAUAGCGUGUGUGUGCCCGCGCAUAAAUUACACGGGGAACGGUAUGGGGGCUCGUUCUUCGUUUGAAAUUUAAAUUGGAUGAACAUUGAAAAACACGCUAAUGAUGGCGAUGUGCAGGCAGGCAGAUGCUCGUCCAGCUCGAUUGAAGCUGAGAGAAAUGAUGGUACUUACUAUUAUGACGGAUCGGGGUUGUUUACAAUCGAAUGUGAUGGUGCGCGGAAAAAAAAUACGCAUUGGUAAUUUAACGCUUUUUUCGCAGUCUUUCUGCUGGAAAUUUGCAAAAAGGUUAAACCUUGGUGAAAUAAACAGUAUUAAUGGCUCCGUCAUGCUUAAUUGCCACUGAGCCCUUGAAGUGCUUAAGAAUCGAACAACCUUCAUCAAUAAUUAACAUUUCAUUGUUUUCUGUUUUGUUUUCAAUAUUAUAUUGUAUAUGAAUAAUUCUUUUUACAAAAUAAAUUCCUAAAAAUAAGAACUGAGAGUUUUAAAAUGACUUUAUCAAGGUUUUAAUAAAGUAAUUUCAUUGAAAUGCAGUCAAAAUUUCAUUGCGAAAUGUUCGAAAAUGUUGAUAAACUUUAUACAAUCUGAUUAUUCAGGAAUUACUACAAUUUCCAUCAUAAAUUGCUCUCAUUACUUUAGGUAGUCUUUAUGAGGCUCUCAAAUAGUUUUAUAAAGGUUUUUGGCCCAUAAAACCAUUGAAAAUCGCUUGUAUCACCUUGAAACUCAAUCAAUCCGCUAUCACAACAAUGUGCACAACUCAAUCAGUCCAUUAGUCAUUUUCUCAACCGGACCGCGAAAGGUUUCCAGCCAGCCACUUGCAAACCUGUCGUCCUUCACCGAAUGAAAACUCUCGCGUGGAGACUGCAGUUCCCACUACAGCUACGGUAGUGUGAUCACCGCUAGAGCAGUCGCGAUACCUCCGUUAGCACCGCGACCAAACAGCUGAUCGCCAUCAACUGCCAUGAUUCAACCGUGCACUUAAGAUGAAGCAAGAUUUGUACCUGUCGUCGAAGCUACAAUAUAAACACCCCUACAUUACAGCUAGUUGGGCAGGAGGUGUGAAGGUCCGGUUCCUGACGGUUCGGUCCGCUUCAGUCCAUUUGACUAUAAAUAACUGGAUGGUGAGUUGUCGUUGUUGGUGUCGACGCCAUCGCCGUCGCCACUGUCGUUGAUUUCGCCACAGACGUGAAGCGAAGCGAAACCGAAAGGGCGAAUCCAAUUGCCAAGGUUCUAUUGGCAAUUAAUCUUCGCAGAUAGGUACCUACAAAUGGUAAAUAGAAAUAAAAUAGAAAUAGAUACACGAAAAAAGCGCACGGUUGUAAACAAGUCGUCUGUCGGUAUGUCAGAAGUCGUGCCAUGCGGAAUGACAAAUGUGUUGUUACAUUCACCAGAAGGCGGGUGACAGUGUGUGAUAAAAAGGUUGAAGGAUCCCCGGCUGAAGCAGUAGUUCCCAAAUAGGGAAUUUUAAAAUUUGGUUUAAGAAAUAUUUUUCAGAUUUUUAUUUUUGUUCUGUUUAUAAGAAUUGGAAUUCCAAAGUUUUUUUAAAUGUAAAUUUCCAAACAAACUGUCGGAUGGUUUGAAAUUUCUUUGUUGAUUUCUAUGGCUAUCUCUUUGAAAAUGCCUUCGGUAAUUCCUAUCAAAUUUAGUUUGAAAAUCUCUUAGAAAGAUUCCUUGGGUCAUUAAUUUGAAAAUUCAUAAGGCAAUUUCUUUAACGUACGCUACGAGAAUUCCUUCGGCUAUUCUUUUGGAAUUUUUCAACCUGUCUCUUUAAAAAUUCGCUAUCGUGAUUACUGAAGGAAUUUGCAAUGAUUGCGUGAGAAAUUCCCUAAGACAAAUUUUCAACGAAAUUGCCGAAGAAGUGUUAUAAGAAUUGAAAAAGCAAUUACUACAAAAAAUACGAAAGGAUUUCCAAAGGAACUGAGCCAACAAUUCCCAAUGAAGUUUUCUUAGGAGUUUCCAAAUAAGUUUUAAUAGUCAUUUUCCAAAGAAAUUUCAAAACAAAUUUUUGAAUGAUCGGUAAUUUUUUUUUUCGAACAUCUCUUUGGAAACUUUUUCAGUGAUUCUAAUGGAAAUUCUUUGAGCAAUGGAUUCUCCCGCAAUAUUUGUUACAGAUCCCUUAGCAAUGAUCACAUUUUUUGUCGGAUGCAUGCAAACUGCCAAUUCGCCAGCCUUUUUCUCAAAACUUUCUAACAAACUUAAUUCAGGAUUUCUUGUCACUUCCUCACCAAGUAUUAUAAUAUAUUUCUGAUAUUUUUGGUAGUGCUUUACAUUAUUUUGGCGUAAACGCAGCUGAUUGAAUUUCAAAAUUUGUAGCAAAUUCCAUAAAAAGAUCAUUGUAAUGCUUCGGCAGAUUACUGACAUGAUGUGUGAUAAAUUAUUUCCAGUGCUGUCAUGGUAAAAUCAGAGCUAGUUAUUUAAGGUUCCCCGAUUUCAGCGUCCCUUCACUUGUAUGUUCUCUAGAUGAAUUUCUGGAGAAAUCUUUGAAGGAACUGAUGGAACAACUUCUGAAAGAAAUCGUGGAACAACUUGUGAAUCCCUGCUGAAAUCUCUUAAGUAAUUGUAAGAAUAUUAAAGAAGUCUCUAAAGAUAUUUUCACUGAAGAAAUUAUUGAAGGAAUACAAAAAAAAUCUGAAAAAAAUCUAAAUGAAUUCCUGGAAAAGAUUCUGAAAAAAAAACAGGAAUAUUUUACACUGUUGAAUAUUUUAAGAAUCCAUAGAUGCAUUUUCUGAAGAAAUUCCAGGAGGAAUGCCUGAAGAAGCACCUGUUUACCCCUUGGUGCAAUAUCUUACAAAACCUCUUUAGAAAAAUCCAGGGAAAUCCCCUCAUAAAAGUCUUAAACAUUUUUUUAAAUGAAUUGCUUAAGGAAUCCAUAGAGAAAUUCGGAGAGGUACGCUUGGAGGAAAUCCUGGUGAAAUUUCUGAGUAAAUACCUGGCGGAAAAUCUGAUGAAAUCUCUGUGUGAAUUUCUGCAGGAAUCUGCAAAAAUGUCUUCCAGCCUUUCCGUGAGAAUCCUUAUAAUGAGAUUCUUAUAAGGAAUCUGUAGAAACAUUUCUGAAGGAAUCCUUGGAGGGUGUUCUAUGACUUUCUCAGCAAAUUCUUGGAGCAAUUUCUGAAAGAAAAAUGUCUUGAAGGAUUAUCUAAGGGAAUGGAAGAAAUCUUAGAAAUUUCCCUAAUAAUCUCGUAGAAUUUUUAAAGCAAUCAUUGGACAAAAUUCUUUGGAAAACUUCUAAGAAAAUUUUUAAUUUUUUCUGAAUUUCUGAUUCUUAAUGUAUCCGUAUCAUCUUUUAAAAAAACCCUAGAGUGAAAUUUCUGGAGGAACAUCUAUAAAAAAAUCUGAAGAAAUUCGAAGAAUCUGGAACAAUCUGUGCAAGAGUUUUUGAAAGGAAUUCUUGAAGUAUUUUCUGAAGAAAUCCAUGCAACAUUUUUGUGAGCUAUCCGUUCAAGACUUUCUCAAUGAGUUCUUGGAGAAAUUUCUGGAGGGCAUUCUACAGUCAAAGGAGUGCCUAGAAAGUUUUCCCUAGAAUUCCUGGCUGAUAUUUUUUUAGGAUUUCAUGGAGGAUGAUUUUAUAAAGUAAUUCUACGAGGAGUUUCUAAAGGAGUCCCUGAAAGUUUUUUUUUAAGAAUCCCUGGGAAAUUUUUUCAGGAACUCGUGAAAAUUUUUGAAAUGAAUUCUAAGAUAAAUUUCAGCAAGGGUCCAUAAAAAUAUCGAAAAAUCUGUGGAAGUUUUUUGAAAAAAAAAUCCUUAGAAAAAUUUGUAAAGAAAUCUCUGGAGGAAAAUCUGGAGAUAUUUCCGAAGAAAUUAUAGGUCGCAAUGUCAGAUUUUCUGGAGAAAUCAUGAAAAAAUUGUGAAGGAACCCCUAGGGCAGUUUCUGUAGGAAUUCUUGCAGAAAUUCCCGAAUGGAUCUCACAAUUUUAUUAAGGACAAACGUCUUGACAUCCCGUUUCAACACUGCAUCAAAAUUUCAAACGCACAAAUCUCAAGAAGCAAGCGUUACACAACAAAGCAGUUUAUUAUUCUGUUCUUGCUCACUUGUAAUAAGCUUAAAAUAAAAAGAUCAGGUGCGCUGGUUUUGUUUACGAAGAGAUUUGUGCCCUCGAAAUCGUGAGUAGGUGCCAAAGUCGGCCAUUGUGGCGGCCAUGUUGGGAUUCUAACAAGUCUGUCCUUAAGAAGAUUUUUUUUAAAGUCCCUGGAGGAAUUUCGAAAGAAAUCCUAGGAAGAUUUUCGGACAGCAAUUUAGAUUUUCAAAAAAAAAUCGCUGGAGUCAUACCGAAAGCAAACCCCGGAGAAUGUUUUGGAAUAAAUUCUUGGAUGAUCGUUUAAGAGAAUGUUUAAAGGAAGUUCCGAAGGAUUUUUUGGAAAAAAAUCUAGAAAUGCUUCGAAAAAAAAAGGUUAAUCUCUGAAGGAUUUUUUUAAAGAAAUCCCUGGAGCAAUCUCUAGUAGAGUUUCUAGGGAAACUAUCGCUGAAAGCAUCUCUGGAGAAAUUUCUGAAACAACGUCUACAGAUUUUUCUGAAGAGAUCUCUGAACGAAUUUUUGAAAGAAUCCCUGGAGGAAUUUCUGCUUAAAUUCAUGUAUAAUUUGUUGAAAAAAAAAUCGAAGAAUUUCAGAAGUAAAUCAUGCAAGAUGCUUUGAAAGAAUGCUUCGUGGUAUUUGUAGAACAUGAAGAUUUUCGGUCUUGCAGUCUUCAGUGUGCAAAAAUUUUGCACCAUUGAAACGUCGGACAAAGAAAACAUAUGUCUCUGAAAUAACCCCCAGAUUCAAGAAUCAACAGUCGAUAGCAUCCACAAGGUAUUUGUAGAAUAGUAUUUUUUGUUAAACAGAUCCCUGAUGAAAAUUCCAAAUGAAUCCAUGGUAGAUUUUUUGAAUUUGGGAGGGAUUUUUUGGCCGAAUAAUCGGAAAAAUUUUCGAAAGAUUUUUUUAGAGAGAUUUUUUAGUAGAAUUUUUGAAGGAUUUUCGGAAGAUUUUUUAAAGGAAUCUUCAAUAGAUUCUCCAAACAAAUGCCUAGAGAAAUGGCUGAAUAAAUAUCGAGAGGAAUUUCUAAAAUAAUCCCUGGGUGAAUUUCUCAAACAAUCCCUAAAAUGAUGUGUGAACAAUCUUGGAGAAAUUGGUGGAGCAAUUCAUGCCAGAUUUCGUUAAAGAACUCUUCGUGACACUUCUGGAAGUACACAUGGUAGAUUUUCUGAAAUAAUAUGUAACAGGAUGAUUUCGUUCGAGAUGUUUUCUUCGGAGACCGUUGUAAUAAAGUUAAAAAUUCUGGGUUCAUUUACUUACAUUUACCACCGCAGAAUUGAAACAAAAGGCGACCGAGUAGAUAGCGGCACAAACCUGCACUACUCGUACAGAAAGAUCGUUUGGCAAAUACAGCAAUCUCUAAAUUUCCGAAGGAACUUCUAGAGGAAUUUCAGAAGGGAUCCCUGGAGAAGCAAUUUGUAAAGGCAUAUGUUUGAAGCAAUUCGUAAAGGAAUUCCAGGGUAAAUCCUCGGAGAUAUUUUCAAAGGAAUUCCUAAAUAAAUUUCUGAAGCUUUUGAACUGGUUGGGUCAUUUUUGCAAAUAAUAUUAUUGUGUAUGUCCAUUGCUCAAAAUAUUGGCUUUUGAAUCAACCAUACAUAUUGUUGGAGACAAAAGAUUUCGAUCGUCAGAAGCUAGCGAGAUAAUGAUUUAUAAGUUACUAGCUGUACCCGGCAAACUUUGUCUUGCCUACUGCGUUUUUUGACGUUUCGAGUCCCUAGCCAAGCGCCCAAGUCCCCGUUCAAAAUGUAUGAAAACCCUAUUUUCAAAAACUCUCAAUUUUCCCAUGUUUUAGGCAUCAUAAACCUUCCUUGGGUGAAAACUAACAGAACAAAACUUAGACGACCCAAAUCGGACCACCCGUUCGCAACUUAUGCGCGGUCCCACGUAUGCCACUGCAUUUUUAUACAUAUAUAUAGAUUUAGCGAGAUCUACUAAUACAUGCCAAAAACUCCGAACCUUUUUUCGAUAACACAGUUUUCAUGCUGUUUUGGCAGCACUGCCAUGCAUCGGUUUGCUUCUGUGCUUAGUCUGAUAAAUUCGCUUUACUUUUCGUGUAUUAUGUGCUAAUUAAUUAUCUAUUCAAGCCCAAAGAGUUGCUUUACAAGCGAGUUAGUGAAUAAAUGUGGAAAAUACUCGAUAUGACUGUUUGGUUCUAUAAAAAAAAGUGAUUUCCAUUUGGUGCUUGCGGAUAUUAUGUUUGGCUGUACCAGCCAUUUUUUCCAGAACGACGAUUUGAAGAAGAAAAUUAUACAUGUGUUCGUGCUAAGCAACGCGUUGUGUUCGAGUGUUGCAUCAGAGAGUAGGAGCAUGUUACACGUAUGCUGGCAUGCUGGUAUUGAUGAUGAAGGUGGUGUUAGUGCGUGAACUGCGAUGUGUGAUAUAAAAGCGAUGACGUCGACUCGGCGUGGAAGCCGCUUGAUUUCGUAGUGGUGCAUAACGGUGAUUCAUAUGUGGCUAUGACUAUAUGUUGGUCGUUGCUUAUGUGAUGCGACUGGUGAGUGCGGUGCGGUGCGUGUGGUGCUUUGUGCGGUGACGUGAAGAGCCAACAUAUGUCGAGCGCUCGUGCAUUUGAUGAUUCUUUGUUUUUUUUUUUUUUUGCUAUUCGGCGACGAGAGAUCCAGAGGCUACAGCUGUGAACAGAGUUCGAUAUGGUAGUGGUGUGAUCGAAUGAACAUUCGAUUUGGGGGGGUUUCGUUUUGGCUAUGCUAGGCUGCUGCCCUUGAUAGUGCAUGAAGACGGUGAAAAGCUCGAAUUUGGAGGUGCGGAGGUAGGCGAGGUGUGAGAAUGACAGAAUCUAUCGGUUCGGUCGAUUCAUGCUAUUUUGUGGUGCGAUUGUGUGGGUCGUGGGUGUGCGUCGAUUAUCAGUGAUGAUGAUGUGCUGUGCGGUAUGGCAGGUCAAGUGAUGACCUAACGGCGACGACAUACUAAGGAGGGGAGGGAAGAGUGAGCAUCAGAGUGAGCGUGGGAGUGCGAGUCGUUUUGGUAAGCGUUGGUAUGAAAUGCAUGGAAAGACGCUUACACCUGUCAAAGUGAGUGCGUGGAAGAGCGUUCUUUCGAGAGUCAAACCAUUCUGUCAAGUGUUUUCACGCGCGUGUACCCGCUUUUGCUACCGAGUUUUAUUUUUAUUCGAAAUGGCUAUCGAUGUUGAAACAUUAAUUUCACUCGUAUUUGAGCGUACACCACUUUGGAACCAGACAUUGAAGGUGUAUCGGAACAAAGUUAUUACGGAGAAGCUCUGGCGGCAAAUUGCGACGAACUUGGGAGAAGACGUGACAACGGACGACAUCAAGAAAAAAUGGAAGACGGUGCGGAAUCAGUUCGGUAAGGAGCUACGAAAAGUACCGGAAGGACGAUCAGGUGAUGAAGCGCCCCUUAAUUAUGAAACUUACACCACCUGGCCGCAUUUUGAGUCGCUGCUGUUCCUCAAGGACCACAUGAAACCGCGAAAGUCGGGCGGAAAUUUACAACCUGAUGGCGCAGAGACUUCCAGGAAUGCCAAUACGCAAGAGACUGGAUCAGAUGAUACAAGUGAUCGAAAUGAGAUUGUUGAAAUCCCCGAACCGGCAGAAAUCGACCACACCGAUGAAGGUGACACACGACCACAACGCCGGGCCCCCAAAAGAAGCGCUCAGCAUCGUCUAAUCGAUAUCGAGGCGAAAAAGUUACAGCUUUUGGAGCAAAAAGUCCGCAAAGGAACCACUGCAGACGAUGAAGAUGAGGCUUUUUUCAAAAGCUUGCUACCCCAUGUCCGGAAGUUGCCUGCGGAGGAAAAGCUACUGUUCCGUACCGAAGUGCAAGAAGUAGUGCAUAAAUUUGUGUACCGAAAGAACCGGUUGCUAAACGAUCGGAGGACGGAACACGAUGUGUUCAGAGCAUCGGCUUCAGCUGGUGAUGCUUCUUACCAGCACUCUACACCAAUACGCCGUUCAAAUCAAAUUUUUGACACUGGGCUGCGAACCCCGCUUCGUUCUGGUGGCACGCGGUACACUGAGUCGCCAAAUAUUCCGAGUCGAAUUGAGAUUGUGGAGAACCAAUACCGAAACGAAUCCACUGGGCUGCGAACCCCGCUUCGUUCUGGUGGCUCACGGUACAUUGAGUCACCGAAUAUUCCGAGCCGGGUAGAGAUAGUGGAGAACCAAUAUCGAGAGGAAUCUACUGGCUCAGCAGGUCAACGCUCCUCAAUCAUUGUGACAGGAAGACAAUACUACACGGUCAUCACGUCGCCGAUUUCGAGUGCAGCAACGCAGGAGUAAAGAUCUUUCAUCGGGAGUGAAAAUCAAAUACAAUAUUCUCUUGGUAGACCUCAUUUCAUUUGAUGACUUCUUUAAUAAAACGCAUUGGUUGAAUUCAUAGUAAAAAGGCUUACAUUAUUUACAGCUUGUUUUUGUUGAAAUAUUUCAUGAAGUGAGUUCUUACAAAGGCACCUGUUUUAGUUGAAAUGUUAUUGAAAUAGUUCUGAUUUCUUUGAACCCCCAUAUUCAGCUCUGCGGCUUCUUGUAGCUGCAAGUCAAGUCCCUCCUGAUCAAUGAUGACAUUAUGUAGAAUACAUAUCGCCUUCACGAUGAUAUCAGCAAAUUCCGGAGUAGUUUCAAUCGGCUUCAUCAAAAUUCUCCAUUUGGCAUUCAUAAUACCAAAAGCGCAUUCAACACAGUUUCUCGCCCUGGUAUAUCCGUUGGUUGAAAUAUUCGCAUUCUGCACACAUGUUUGAUUUAGGGUAUGGUCGUAGUAAAUUUCUAAGCAAAGGAUAUGCCUCAUCCCCCACAAAAAGAUGCGGCAUUUUGGUUGUGAGCUCAGGAUCAGGUAGUUGAGCAUCAGGAGGUAUGUUUAGUUUUCCUUCAUUCAUCAUUUGAAACAUGUCCGAUGCAUUAAAUGUCCCUCCGUCACUUUGUUUCCCAUAU